AUGAGUUUUAAGCCUGUAAAAAUACUUUUUAAGACUUUUAAUAAGCUUAUACCUGCAUUAAUUAAGCCCGGAGUGACGGUAUUAGAAGCGGCACACGAAAAUAAAAUUGAUUUGGAAGGUGCAUGUGAAGGAUCUUGUGCGUGUUCUACAUGUCAUGUUAUUUUAGAUAGAAAUUUGUACCAGAAAUUAAGUGAACCUUCUGAUAAGGAGUUUGAUCUUUUAGAUCAAGCGUAUGGAUUGACAAGUACGAGCAGACUUGGAUGUCAGUUGAAAAUAGAUGAUAGAUUUAAUAAUACAGUUAUAGAAAUACCAAAAUUUACUAGAAACAUGUCUAUAGAUGGGCAUAUACCUAAACAUCAUUAA